CUCUUGGUGCCAUACAUAAUAUAUAUAAUAUUUUGAUAAUCUAAUGAUUCUCGACUGACCUUUUGAUCCGAGUUCAGAGUCCUUGAAUCAGAUGAAUGAUCUCUGUGCUGGUCAUCCUGCAGCUCGUCAAAUGGAAUAUACAUCAAUCAGCACUACCGUCUCCCGCAUGAACGCCUCUCCUGCGCAUCAUUUGCGUGACCACGUCCUAAAAACUAUUUGAAGAUUUCCAGUCUUGAUCUCAUCGGGAACAAUCAUAAACUGCAACCCAAGGGAGGAAUGAAGGCAAGCGGACAGGUGCACAGAGAAGAUAGUGGGAAGAGAUGUAGCCCCCAUAUACUUGAUCCCCCUCCUGGAAGCAAGUAUAAUUAUUCUUAGAAUAACAGUUCUUGCUUCUUAUAUCACCAUCACCGCAGGGAGAUAACGAGACAGCCAUCGUAGAAGAAGAAAUGAGAACUCUAUGGAUUGUGCUCCUCCUCGUCUUCUCAGGGGCAAAACCGUCCGAGGGAGCGCGAGUCUUCACCAUAGUGAACGAGUGCAAGACCACGAUAUGGCCGGGGAUCAUACCGGGGGAAAGCUUCAACGGCGGUGGGUUCGCCCUGAAGCAGGGCCAGUCCGUCGUCGUCAAGGCGCCGGUCGGGUGGUCCGGCCGGAUAUGGGGCCGGACCGGAUGCAACUUCGACCGGAACGGGAACGGGUCGUGCCAGACCGGCUCCUGCGGCUCCUCCCUCAAAUGCUCCGGCUCGGGCGAGACGCCCGCCACGCUCGCCGAGUUCACCCUCGCCGCCUUGGACUUCUACGACGUCAGCCUCGUCGAUGGCUUCAACCUUCCGGUGGUGGUGACCCCGGUCAAUGCGCAGGGCGGCAACUGCAGCUCCGCCGGCUGCGACGGCGACCUGCGACAGACCUGCCCCUCGGAGCUGGCCGUCAUGGUCAAGAGGGAGACGGUGGCGUGCCGGAGCGCGUGCGACGUGUUCGAUACCGACCAGUACUGCUGCCGCGGCGUGUACGGGAACCCGUCCACGUGCCAGCCGACGUACUAUUCCAAGAAGUUCAAGACGGCGUGCCCGGCGGCGUACAGCUACGCGUACGACGACCCCAGCAGCAUCUUCACCUGCAGCCAGGCCGACUACAUCGUCACCUUCUGCUCCAACAGGAAGAACAGAGUGUGCUCGUACCACGACAACAGGCUGACUUGCAGCGGAACCGAGGGGGGAGCAUCUACUUGUAAAUGGCUGAUAGCGAUGUUCCUCGGUUUGUGGGGCUCGCUGCUCGUAUCAUAGGCAAAGCGAAG